CAGAUAUAUAAAUAUUUAACAAUGUUACCAUCAAUCAUAGAAUCAAAUAGACAAUCAAAAUGAAACAAUCAAUUUUAGUUUUGGCCCUUUUCGGGCUUGCUUCUUGUGGACGCUUGGAAAAUGUUAAAUAUCUACCACCAAGUGCUAAUGGAGACUUCAAAAGUGCCCUGGGUCCUGAUGCAACACCCUCUCAAAAUCCUGGGUAUCAAUAUACCAAAUCUGGAGAGUUAGCUCGCCAAGUUGCUUCUGGAGAAGCAAACCAGGAGACACACACUGGAAGCUCAGCUGGCCCUGAAGGUCAAUACAACAUUAACGCGCAAGGUGCUAUGUCUGGACAUCUAGGUGGCCAACAUUCCGGUGUUGACAUACCAAUUUUGAAGCUGGAAAACAACAAUAACGGCGAUGGAACCUACAAUUAUUUAUACGAGACUGGUGAUGGUAUUAAGGCUCAAGAACAAGGUAUGGGAGGUGUUAAGGCUGAAGGAGGUUUCUCUUAUACCGCCCCUGAUGGUCAAACCUAUGAAAUAACUUAUAUUGCCGAUGAAAAUGGUUUCCAACCUCAAGGUGCUCAUCUCCCAACUCCACCACCAAUUCCAGAAGCUAUUUUGAAGAGUAUUGAGUUAAAUAAAGCUGCACUAGUUAAAGGGGGUAAUUUGGAGGGCCAAUACGAUGAGGCUAAAUACGGCGAUGGUGCUUAUACUGAAGAUAAUGGUUCUCAAACUCCAUACGAAGCUGCUAGAGCUCCUACAACUUCAUUUGGAGGUCCUUUGGUCGAAAGAACUCCAUCUGCUUACAAAGGUUUAGCUGCGAGUAGUCAGUUCGGAGGUUCCUAUGGACAAAAAGAGGUUCAACAGAAUAACCAGGGUACAGAAGAAAGUAUUAAUAAUGGAGGUUAUAAAUACUGAGUGUUUUUUAGAUAUGUGUUCGGGGUUUACG